AUGGAGAAUAAGAAAAGUAAAGGACGCCAAAAGAUACCAAUGAAAAAAAUAGAAAAGCAAGAUAACCUCUAUGCUAGCUUCUCAAAGCGUCGUACGAGUUUAUACAAAAAGGCUAGCGAUCUCGUAUUUGAAUGCGAUGUCGAUAUUGGAAUGAUUUUUUUUUCUCCGACAGGUAAUCCUUUCUCGUUUUUUCACCCAAAUGUUGAUGCAGUUAUUUCUCGUUUUCAGAAUCUCAAUAUGGAACCAAGUGAAAGUACCCUUCUAGUCGCUGCUCAUAAUCGAGAAAAAGUGAACGAACUCAAAAGUAGGCUUGAAGAACUUGAUACCAUAGAAGACAUUGAAAUUGCUAAGAAACAAUCAUAUGAUGAAGUGAUUGAAGCUAGACAGAAAGGUUGGUGGGAGUCGAUUGAGCAGCUCAAUGCAGAUAAAGUGUCAACUUUUGAGGCUUGGUUGGAGACUUUUGUUUUUAAUAUGCAGAAUCGCUUGAAUCAAUUGGAAAUUGGAGCUUCAUCCUCAGAUUUGGGAUUUAAUGUUUGA